GACGCUAUCGUUUCGUUACAGGAAAUUGAAACGAGUUCAGAAACAGAGUCCAUUUUCUGUUUUGUUUAAGAACUCGGGCAGAGUGCGGGGUGAAAGUUAUUGCUCGCAAAAGUAAAACGAGUCUGUUUCUUUUUUUUUUAUCACACCAGAAGAAGUACGAAUUUUAUAUGAAUGUUAAUUCUCCAGUAAAAUAAAGAAAAAUACAUUAAAACUAGAGGGUUAUUAAACUAAAAUAAGCGAAGAUGGACGUCAGUAUCUCCGUUUCGUUCCUUCAAGACGAGCUCGCCUCUACCAUCGAGCACGCAGUGAAAACGGCUGUAGACAUCGUCUUGUGUGAAAUUACACACGUUUUUGGCAGUAAAUUCAAUGAAUUACAAAUCGAACUGGCUGGAAAGGAUAAAGAAAAUGCAAGUCUGAGGCUGAGAUUGGAAAUAUCAGAGAGCGAGUUGAAAGCAGUGCGGGAAUGCAUGAACGCUGCAGAUGCAGACAUUAAACAACCUCUCAGAAACAUGAACCCCGACUGCAAUGAACAAGACUUUCAGAGGAACGAGAACCAGGGAUUAUUUCAAGAUCUCACAGAGAGCCAUGCUAUGUCUAAAUCUGAAGCAGUUUGGACAGAAACAGUUUACACACAAGAGGAGUCCUUUGACCAGGAGUGGUGUGCAAGUCUAAAGAAGGGUACAGAGAUGACAUUUGUUAAAGAUGGAGAGGUCCCUCAACAGAAAUGUGUUCCUAUUAAAGAGGAAUUCAUAGAACAGGAAUGUGUCCCCAUCACAGAGGAAGUUCCUACUGAAACUAAUGUCUGUACACUGGAGGAGAACAACAAGCUGGGAUCCAGCCUAUGUGAUGAUUGUCCACCUGAAUGUGAACUGGGAUUUAGAGUAGAUGAAGGAGAACACGACUCCACUUCAUCACCCCACAGCAAAAACUCUUCCAGCGGCAAACCGCAGAGCAAGAAACGCAGACCCAUGACCCAUGAAGAACAUAUAAAGAAAUUCAAAACUUGCUCAGUUAAAGAGACUGCACAGUCUGUGUGUGUGAACAAUUCUGAAACUCAGGGCAACUUGAAGACCUUGCCUUGCUCUACUAAAGGUGGGAAGAGUUCCUGUCAAUUAGGCUCUCCUGAAACUCACAAGGGAAAUCACACAGGAGGGGCUUCAUUUCACUGUUAUGAUUGUGGGAAGAAUUUCAGUUGUUUAUCACAUCUGAAAACACACGAGCGUGUUCACACAGGAGAGAAACCUCAUCACUGCACUCAGUGUGGGAAGAGAUUCACACAGUUAGGACAUCUUCAAUCACACCAGCGCAUUCACACAGGAGAGAAACCUUAUCACUGCAAUUACUGUGAGAAGAGCUUCAGUGAAUUAGGAAGUCUUAAAAAACACCAACGAAUUCACACAGGAGAGAAGCCGUACCACUGUAAUGACUGUGAGAAGAGUUUCACUCAGUUGCAACAUUUAAAAGCACACCAAAGAAUUCACACUGGAGAGAAGCCAUACCACUGUAAUGACUGUGAGAAGAGUUUCAGUCAGUUACAAAAUCUCAGAAAACACCUAAGAAUUCACACAGCAGUGAAACCCUGAAUGCUGAAUGCUGGGAAAGGUUUCAUCUGGUGGAGCACAUUAAAAACCUGUCACUGAAGAGGAAUGUGAUUUAAAAAAAAAUAUAUAUAUAU